CCCGCACGGCCUCAGUCUGGGGCUGUGGAUCGAUCGCUAGUCUGGUUGUGUACGGAGACAGAGCAGUGUCCCGUGUAGGAGCCCAAGCCGCGCCCGGGGAUGGAUUGCGCCGAGCCCUCCAGCUGGCAGCCAUGAUGAUCCUAACAAGAAAGCCCGAGGGCCCCAUCACAGCAGUGAGAUACAGAGAUGGAUUGUAUGAUUCCUACAUGAGGCUUGAUCAGGUGGCAGCGCAGGAUGCUGCAGGAGAAAAAGAGAGCCCCUCCACCCUCCCGUCAAUCGGAAGACUUGCUAUAAGUGGAAAUAAAUCCACCAUGAAGGAUCAUCAGCAAGUAAAGGUUCAGCAAUUAUUUGAGGACUCUGGCAACCGUAGAGUCAGUGCUGGACUAACAGGGACGGAUAGUGCUUUACCAGUUUUGACUAAAGAAAAGAGUUCCGACAGUUCAGGCACAUCAAAAUCAAGUGACAGCUCCACCAAGUCUUCUAAAGCCACAUAUUUGAGUCCAGAACAUGCACUGAAGCAAUACAAACAUCAGCUGUCUACUUACGAACUUCAGGAAAUUGGCAACUUUACAGAAGUAUAUUUUAUAGGCCCAAGUGCAAAGAAGAGGCAAGGUGUUGUAGGAGGUCCUAAUAAUGGAGGGUAUGAUGAUGACCAAGGAGGGUAUACAUUGGUGCCACAUGACCAAAUAUCUUAUCGCUAUGAGGUGUUGAAGGUUAUUGGAAAAGGUAGCUUUGGGCAGGUUGCAAAAGUUUAUGACCACAAACUCCACCAGCAUUUGGCUCUUAAGAUUGUCCGCAAUGAGAAGAGAUUCCAUCGCCAGGCAGCCGAAGAGAUACGUAUCCUCGAACAUCUUAAGAAACAGGAUAAGACCGGGAAUAUGAAUGUAAUACAUAUGUUGGAAAGUUUUACCUUCCGCAAUCACAUUUGCAUGACUUUUGAGUUGCUGAGCAUGAACUUGUAUGAACUGAUUAAGAGAAACAAAUUCCAAGGUUUCAGUCUACAGUUAGUUCGUAAAUUUGCUCAUUCAAUCCUUCAAUGCUUGGAGGCCCUGCACAGGAACAAAGUCAUCCAUUGCGACCUUAAACCAGAAAACAUUUUACUUAAACAACAAGGCCGCAGUGGAAUCAAAGUUAUUGACUUUGGUUCUAGUUGCUUUGAGCAUCAAAGAGUGUACACGUAUAUACAGUCUCGGUUCUAUCGAGCUCCAGAGGUCAUACUGGGAAGCCGUUAUGGCAUGCCCAUUGAUAUGUGGAGCUUUGGGUGCAUUUUAGUGGAGCUUUUGACUGGCUACCCAUUGUUUCCAGGGGAAGAUGAAGGAGAUCAGUUGGCAUGCAUGAUGGAGCUCCUUGGAGCACCACCUCCAAAGCUGCUAGAACAAGCCAAGAGAGCAAAGAAUUUUGUCAACUCUAAGGGAUAUCCUCGUUACUGCACAGUGACCACACUUCCCAAUGGAUCUGUGGUCUUGAAUGGAAGUAGGUCACGUAGGGGAAAGAUGCGUGGUGCUCCUGGGAGCAAGGACUGGGUGGCAGCAUUAAAGGGUUGUGAAGAUGCUCUUUUUAUAGACUUUUUAAAAGGUUGUUUGAACUGGGAUCCAACAGCACGAAUGACCCCAAGUCAAGCACUACGACACCAGUGGAUUUGCAAGAGGAUGCCUAAACCCCCUGUCAUGGACAAGUCCUCAGGAAAAAGGAUUACCAGCCAUACCAGCUCUUUCCCAGGAAUUAGCUCCAAGUUACCUCCUGUAGUGGGUGUGGCCAAUAAAUUAAGAGCUAAUUUAAUGAAUGACUCUAAUGGGAGCAUACCACUUCGAACUGUUUUACCCAAGCUAGUCAGCUAAUCCUCACCAAUAUUAAGCACAGCAAUGAGAACAUUUUUAACCAACAUAACUGAGGGAUUUUAAGCAUUUUAAUUUUUAAAAAAAUGUAUGAAACAAGAUGAAAAUAUUUGGCUAUGUAAAGUCAGGAUUUCUACAUUAAAUUCUGUUUUAAAGGGCUAAGCAUUUCAAUCACCAUCUGAUACACACUUGAGUCUUUUUGUUAUCGGUCAGUAUGUUCUUCCUAGGAACAUGUAAAGCAAUAAUAGAAAAAUGAAGGUGUACGUAUAGACAAUUUCUGUUUACUUGUCAGAGUAAUGUUAAUUCAGCCAUUACGUAGUAGGAGGUACCAAAAAUUCCAGUUUUUGCCCACAUUUGUCUGCUUCAGGUUGGCCAAAUGUGCAGUUUGCCAAAGUUGACAAACAUAAGGAAUAGAAAGACUUUUGACCAUGAGCUAGAGUAGCUGAGCGCUGUUUAAUGUGCCACUUUAGUUUAUGAGGGACUCGUGAGGGCCACAUUUUCACUUUAAUACCCCCUCCCCCAUUCAUUUUAAUAUUUCUACAUUUACUUUUGCUUUGAUAACAGUAAUUCCCAUCAUCGAGUGCAGUUAUUGAGACUUUGCCAGAUAUGUAAUAACCAGAGUCCUGUCCUUAGGAGAUUAAACAUUGUAGACCUUAUACUUUGUUUUUUAUGCUGGCCAUACUGUUUAGAUAGCUGCUGGCCAAAUAAGUGAACAAGCUUGCAAGCUAUAUCUCCUGGACCCCCAUCUCCUCCCCCUCCCCAUACAGAUGUACGCACAGCUCGGAUAAGCAUGCAUAUAUUCUGAAUGGGGAGAGGGGCAUGUGUCUGGCAGCAGCUUACCUCUCAUGAGACCAAAAGGAUCAGGCUGUCAGAAGAAAGUUGGACCACCAAAAUACAUGGUGGUAAUCCAACUGGAAUAGUCAGGUUAUCUGAUGUUUAUGGCCAGCUUUUCUCGUUGUAUUUUCCGUCUGUUCAGACAGUCAGACUUUUUAGAAAAAAUAUAGAAAUAAAAUCUAUUUCUAAAUAUCCCUGUUCUUUAAGUGCUCAGUCAGAUGCGCGAUAUUAACAUCCGGGUGUUGUCCAUGUGUAAAACAUACAGCACCUGGACUAAAUAAUGGCUCGAUUCACAUGGGUGAUUUUCCACAUGGACCAUCGUUCCGUGUAGAGAUCGCAUCAUGCACAGUUUAGGUCAGAUUCUUCGCAUAAAUUUCAUCCAUUCUAGUGACUGGGUGAACAAAAAAAUAGGCCAUGUACGGACUCCAUCCAUGUGCGGUACAUUUAAAAAAUUUAUAUAUUUUUUUUUUUUCCAGCCAGUUCACCAAUAGGUUUUAGCUCAAUCGUCUUAAUGAGCCCUUAAACGGUCUCCAAACCAAGACACUGUCAGAUGCCUGUAGCCCACAACUAAAACAAUGAUGUGCAGCUGGCAUUUCUCUAUUACCCCUGUCAUUGCCAAGACCUUUUUAUCCAAAUGAUCUCCUUUUAGUUUUAAGCCAUGUACCCUCUCAAACUUCACUUCAGAUCCAGUGCCACUACUUCUCAUAGUGUGUUGAAGGUCAGGAGCUGAAUGCUGAAUUCCCAUAUGCAGUUUUUGAACCAGACAUGGAAAUAGAUCCUAAAUGGAAUGAUUUAAGGGCCCUUUUACACGUGCCGACAAGUGAACAGAUUAUCGCCAACUAGUGUUACUAGUAAUGCUCAUUAGCGAUAUUCGGGCUGUGUAAAUGCACCGCUGAUUACCCGAUGAACGAGCAGCGCAGAUGAUAAUGGUUUCCCAGUUACAGAUUGUGCUAUGUACACAUGAUCUGCUUCCGGGAAACAAUAAGCCGUUACGGGGAAGAGCGACGGCAUUAGCCAUGGCCCCUACCCAUGUUCUGGAUGAGAUGGCUGCAUGUAAAUGCGCUGCUCUCCUCUAUUGAUCAGCUGAUUGUCGUCCCGUUUAAAGGGACCUUUAGGCCACUUUCAAACAAUCUGUGUUUGAUCACUGAUUUCCAUCAGUGAUUGUGAGCCAAAACCAGGAGUGGAAGCUACACAGAAAUAAGGUGUAACAGAAAGAUUUGCACAUUUUCAUUGUUUUUGACCCGCACCUGGUUUUGGCUCACAAUCGCUUAUGGAAAUCACUGACCAAACACUGACUGUGUGAAAUCGACCUUUAUAUUUCUCCUCCUUUUGGAACCAAUUGGGUGUUUUGACUUAAAAAAAAAAAUGACAUCUUAAACUUCAGGUAGAAAUCUAGUCUCAGGCCUUGUUGCUUUGUGCAUGAGAAAGGGACUGUUAAAUGUCAAUGUGUCAUGAUGAUGUCCCCAUGUGAAGCAGAUGAAGUGACCUGUGGCUAGUGAUGUCCAUUCCAGCUUCAAUGUGUCACAUAUUUAUGGCUGUUAGCAGUCUACUGAGGAGCAAAACAAUGCUUAUGGCAAUCCUAGAGGUUUUUUAGAUUCGUUUUACUUGGUGCUAUGUCAAGAGUUGAAUGGUCAUUGAGGUGCAGUGCUCCAUUUGUGGAUCAAAUGAGCAAUCUGAUAUAUUCCUACAGUGUGAUACUGACUUUAAUGGAAAGCUAAAAUAUAAAUGCAUCCCCUAAAGAACUAAGACAUAUUUUUUUUAAUGGUAAAUAACCUACAUAUGUAAAGUCAUUCCUGUUAAGGAUACGGGCAGAAUUACCUGAUGUCAAUGUAUGUUAGAUUUGAUGGUUCAUCCUCAGAAGAGUUUGCUGUGCAUUUGUAUAUUCGAGAAGAAGUCUGCCCUAGACUUUUUUUUUUUUUAUGGCAUGCUUGGAUGCGGUGUGGAAUUUUGGUUUGGGGUUUGAAAAAAUUUGGCUGAUAAAACAUUGCAGUUGGUAUCAGAAUAUCUUACAUAGUUUGUCUUAUAUACCCUGCUUUUGGCUUCAGUUUUUAACCUAUUUGUUUGUAUUUUAACCAGAAAUGUAUUUUUUUUUUUUUCUAAUUGUCAUUGACCCUUCUUCUGUCUACAUAAAGACACUUGAUUUUAAAUGCUUGGUCAUAACCACCAUACUAGGACAAUCCAUUUUUAAAGGAGUCUAUAUGGGGGGGAUAAUAUGAAAUGAAGUCCACUCCCCAUCCCUUGAAUCCUGGUGCAAACAGCACCAAACAUAACCCCUUCUAACAUGUCAUAAAAAAUAUGUUUUGUAGGGUUUAAGACCACUACAAUUUCAGUGAUUUGGUCAUUGUUUGGUUGGUGUUUUCCAUCACUGAUUGUGAGCCAAUACCAGGAGUGGAGCCUACAGAGAAAUGAGGUAUAAUGGAAAGAUCUGCUCUUGUUUUGAGUUUUUUGACUCGCACCUGGUUUGGGUUCACAGUCACUGAUGAAAAUCACUGACCAAACACUGCAGUGUGAACAAGGGCUAAAUGUCAUGUCACGUACACAUGCUGUAGAAGUGUAAUUGUUAGAUUCAGACCUCUGGGACUACCGUUAUGCCUGAUAUUCCUGUUUUGAGCGGGUAGAUGGCCCCAUCUAGCUCUAUUCAUUGUUUUCGGCUUCUUGCGUACCUCAAUCAUCCCCGGGACAUUCUGGACAGUUUUUUAUAAAUGAUAUCAAAGAGCGAUUUAGAAGAUGGUAAAGCAUUGUGGAGUUUAAAGGCUACAAAGAAAGUGAUUUGAAUGUAAUGUAAGGUUUUUAGAUUAAAAAAAGAUGUUGGUGGAUCCGAUUUAGAGCUUUUGCUCCAGGAACAGCCUCUAUUGUGCGACAGAUGUAAAAUACGUUAUGACAAAAUAUGUAAGUUUUAUGACCGUAUCUGAAACUUGGUUUUAUCCCUUUGUAAUGGGUUUUUCAUGUCCAUGAAAGUGCAGGAUGAGAAGUCACGUGUGCACAUCACAGGUGUCUCUAGGGACAAUAGCAGAGAGAUCACAAGAAUAAUGAGGGCGGAUGACAUUGUAGAUCAGAGGCAGCAAUGACAAAGCGUAGGAUAAAUGACCAUAAAAGACAUGCCACACCCUGACUAUACUUCCCUAGUCUUCUCAGCAGAUAGCGGGGCUUUUUGGGGGAAGGGGAGGGGAUGUGUUGCGGAAAAAAAACACACACACACACACGUAAACUGUAAGUGAAAAGCUUAACAAUAGUGUGGAGUUAGGCUAACCACAGUAACCUCCAUGUGCCCCUCUAGCUAGAAGCUCUUUUAAUCCCUGAGAGGAAAAGAGAUGUAAUUCCCCUGUUAAUAAACCUGAACUUGAUUGCUUUGUAUGUGACGGGAUGUUGUUCUGCUACGCUCUACAUACAUUUUCUGAGGUCAUUCAGCACUGGUUUCCUGUAAAUAGAAUGCGUACAGGAAAUCCUGCAUGCAUUCAUACCACGUUGGUUAGCUGCUGAAAAGAUACACGUUGUCACGUCCAUAAGGCUCUCCGAAGGAAAAAGUCUGUAUGAUGGAAAACUAUAAUUUAUCCAACCCCCCAUAACAGUAUUGUGAAAUUCUCUGCAUUGUUAGAGAGACCAUUUCUGCCUAGGUAGCCAAGGCUAUUCUGAAGCUGUUCCAAAUUACCAUAUAUUGCCCUAUGCAGAUAUGACUUCCUGUAUAGGACAUCCUAGGAAGAACCAGAGUUGACCAGUUGUGGGUGGUGGCAAAUGACAGAACGAAAGAACCUUUUUAUCUGAAACAUUUGGCUAAACGAGUUCUAUCACCUCCUUCUGUUCCAGGGGGAGGGGUGGGGGGGGGGGGGGUGAAGAAAUUCUUCACAGUAUGAGGAUGAGACUAGAUAUCAUAUACUGGCUUUUAGGAAACAGCACCAUACUAAAUGAUGUCUGCAUCCUUGUACCUCUCCUUUACCAGUUUCCUCAUUAGAGCUCCACGAAGUAAAGCACCAUAGGUCCUGAGGCAAAAAUGAUUUGCAUACUGUGGGGUAAUCCACCACAUUCUGUUUGUGACCGAGGUGCACAACCUUCAAAUUUCAUUUACUACAGGUUGGGCAGAAUGCUACUCGAGGUUGUGCCACUUUUGCCUCAAUUUCCAGCAGAAUUUCUGCUGAUUGGGUACUGCACAACCCCAGAGGACAGAUGGACCUUGUGUUUUGCAUGGAGUAUUAUGUGUGAUGUGACCAGAAAAGUGAAGCUUGUUAUGAUUGUCAGGAAUUUUAGAGAUGGAAAACUAGGACUGUUAUUUAUUAAAGUUUUAUUGCUUUCAGACUGGUAGACGGUGCGUGUUUGCAGGAGCUGGUGUUUCUCCAUAUGAAAGACAUGGGAUGCUCUUUUUUUAUUCCUGAUUUUAUUGCAGUGGUGUUACAUAGGGCGUUGUAAAUACUACAGACUGACGGCCGAGCUUCUAAGAAGCACCUUUUUGAAUAUUAACAUAUUUCAAUUGCUAAUUUUUUAGACCUUUUCUGAUAAGAACUGCAAUGUUUGGGGUUAAUGUUAAAGGGCUUUCUCAGUACAUUGUCAUCACCUAUCCCAUAUAACGGCAUAUCUUCUUUUUACAAACUCCACACAUUUUCCCAGGUUUUGGCUUUGAAAUGUUUUUUUUUUUUUUUUUUUUUUUUUUUUUGUUCUCAAUGUUCUGUAUUUCCUUGCUAGAAACACCAUACGUGGUGUUUGUCCCAAAAUGAUUUGAAGAGGUCCUAUCAUCCCUGAUGUGUCUGUUUUAGUAAAUAAUUGGCUUGUCCAUGUAAUAUUUAGCUGCUGUUCCACCUAGAGAUUUAUAAAUUGACAGCUGAUUGGAAAGUGUAACACCCAGUUGUCAAUUUAUUUACAUUUUUCGGAGGAAUUGUACAAUGCGGAUUUCUAAGAAACAAUGCUCCAGCUUUUUUUAUUUUUAUUUUUUUAAUAGGGAAUACAAGUAUUUAGUAAAACGGACAUGUCAAGGGAGACAACAGGUCCUCCCUAAAACUAUUUUAGAGAUCUUAUUUCAGAACCCAAAAUUGGGAGCUUGCUUAUAUAGCAAGCAGUCAAGACCCAGAUGUGACACUGGUUAGAUGAGAUUUAGCUUCUAUGGGCAACAUGUAAACCUGUAGAUUGGCUGUUUAUACUUGAAGCCCUUAAAUUUUUUCUCCUCGUGGUUGUACCUAAAACACAUUUGCAUGUACAGUAUGUACUGUACCUAUUAUACCAACAUGUAGGACUGUUCUUCUAGAUUUUGGUUUAGUGUUGGGUAUGCCUCAUGUUUCAUUUAUCUGGGAAAAGUAAAUAAAUUCUAUGCAAUGUUUUUUUUUCUGCUAGUACAAUAAGCUAAUAGUUACAUCUUGGAGUAUAUACAGUAUUUUAAUGUAUUGCUCCAAUAUGUUGAUGUCAAUGUUAACAUUUUAGAAAUGUUUUGCAGCCUGCUCCUUUACUGUCAUUUUUCACUCUGUUGCCAUUUGCUAUCCGAUCCUUACGUCUAUGACUUUACAGGCUCCACAAAUGCUAAAUGUUUACGUCUGAGAGGAGCAAUCCCAUCGUACGUUCUGCACUGGCCAUGCGCCCGUUCAGUUUCCAUUGAUCUAUUAAUUUCUUGUACCUACUGUGAGAUGUUUUGUAUAUAUGUGGCACUUUGAAAUAUGUGUGGUUUGUAGACAUUGAAUGUUUUUAUUUUUUUUUGUGACGUGUGGGAUAUGCAAUCCUUUGGAUCCAGCAUCAUAUUUCUACCAAAAAAGUGUAAAAUGAAAUAUGCAAAUAUUUGCUACAACAUUUGUAAAGUAGGGUCCAGUUGUAUUAUCUGUCCAUAUUGAAAUAAAUAUUUUUUUUUUUUGCAAA